AUGAUGGAAAGAAUAAGAAAAGAGAUGAUUCUGAUGGAGAGAGGGCUCCAUAGCCCUACUGCUAGCAAGAGGUUCUCCAAUUUGUCCGAUUCGUCUGGCAGUGCUGUGCUGGAGGCCUUGGAAAAUUCGCAGCACCCGGCUCGCCUCAGUCCGCGCCUGCCGUCCGCUCCCCUGCACGGCGCUCUGGGAGACCUCCCCGCCAAGGGCAAAUUCGAAAUAGACACUCUGUUCAACCUGCAGCACCCGAGCAGCGAAAGCACCGUCUCCUCCGAAAUCGCCUCUGCCACCGAGAGCCGCAAGAAGUCUGGUCAUUAUGCGGGGGCGGCCGCCGAGGCCGACAUGAGCAGCGACGUGGAGGUGGGCUGCUCGGCACUGCGCUCCCCCAGCGGCCUGGGCGCCGCGCCGCUCAAGGAAAACAAUGCCAAAGGGUACGCGGAGAGCGGCUCAGUCGCAGGUACCACGACGUCGGCCUCCGGCUCGGGCCUCGGCAGUCUGCAUGGAGGCAGCAACGGCAACAGCGGGGGUGCAGCGUUGGGUGGCUCGGGCUCCGGCUCCGGCGCCGAUCAGGUGCGGCGAUACCGUACGGCAUUCACCCGUGAACAGAUCGCACGCCUGGAGAAGGAGUUCUACCGGGAGAAUUAUGUGUCUCGGCCCCGCCGAUGCGAGCUGGCCGCCGCACUCAACCUGCCUGAAACCACCAUCAAGGUGUGGUUCCAGAACCGGCGCAUGAAGGACAAACGGCAGCGCCUGGCCAUGUCGUGGCCUCAUCCAGCGGACCCCAGCUUCUACACCUACAUGAUGACGCACGCCGCGGCCACCGGAAGCUGUUCCCCCACCCCCAACCCUACGCCUUCUAAACGUGGUUCCGGCUUUGUAGGGCCUGCUUCCCACCUGUGUGGAGGCCUUGGUCUCCGGGAAGACAACUCCCCAGGGCCAGUCAGACUCCAGGGUGUCCAGUCCCGGCUGAUCAUCUCACCGAGUCACCCGGGGGAGUGGCUAGAAGCAGUGGGACACCGUGACAAAGAGAGCUGUGUGCUAGUACGAUUUUAUAGAAACGACAUGAAAACUACAUUUACUGACAUUCAUCGCAUCUUUGACAUUGAUUAUCUGAUCAACGCAUGUCACGUCCUGGGAGGGCUCCCUGGAUGGUCACUUCCAGUCGGUGCCUUCUACUCUUUCCAGUGGAACCCAAACCUGACUAGGCAGCGAGAAGAUGCUUCCCCCAUCCCUGCUCCUCCACCCCCACCCUCCUCCGCUGCAUUCCACACCAGGCGCUGUCGCUCUGAGCCUCCUCCAGCGCAGUAG